UGCAUAUCACGUGCUUGGCCCUGGCCAAUAACCUCGCGAUCUUUAUGUACUCAUGUUGGUAUCGUUACUCUGCACGAGAGUCUCUGUCUCUGCUCAGUCAGUCGAGGGGAUUUUUAAAAAAGGAGUUGGUUCGUCUCGAUUUAGGGACAUGCCAUGCUAUGACCGCUUCAUUACUCCUCCACUCGCACUGGAUUGACCCGGUGAUGUUCCUCUACGACAACAGCAGCUUGGAUGAGAGAAGCAAGAGCAUGGAGGGAUUUACUGGAGGCAAUUUCGCAGCGAACCAGUGCAGGAGUUUGUUAGCGCAUCCGACCUCUCUGGCUCCGAGCACCACCUACUCUGCUGCUGCUGCAAGUGAGGUGCCAGUCUCUGGCAUGGGCAUGGGCAUGGGGGAGCCUGGCAAACAAUGCAGCCCCUGUUCAGCCACCCAGAGCUCGCCCAAUGCGUCUUUGCCUUAUGGAUAUUUUGGCAGCAGCUAUUACCCGUGCAGGAUGUCACACGGCAGCGUCAAAGCUUGCGCGCAGCCCUCUGGUUAUGGUGAUAAAUACAUGGACUCGUCUGUCUCUGGUGAGGAGUUCUCCAGCAGGGCAGCAAAGGAGUUUGCGUUUUAUCAGGGCUAUUCCUCAGGUCCUUACCAGCCCAGCUACUUGGACGUGCCUGUCGUACCUGUACCUCCAUCUGAGCCAAGACACGAGUCUCUGUUGCCUAUGGAGCCAUACCAGCCAUGGGCCAUCACCAAUGGAUGGAGCGGUCAAGUUUACUGCACCACCAAGGAGCAGCCACAGUCUAAUCCUCUGUGGAAAUCCUCGUUACAAGGUAAUUACACUAUUUCUGGUGGAGACAGCUCUGUCCGCCGUGGGAGAAAGAAGCGUGUGCCAUACACCAAGGUGCAGCUCAAAGAACUGGAAAGGGAGUAUGCUGCCAAUAAAUUCAUCACCAAGGACAAAAGGAGGAGGAUAUCUGCUCAGACGAACCUGACAGAGAGACAAGUGACAAUCUGGUUUCAGAACCGGCGCGUAAAGGAGAAGAAAGUCGUCACUAAGUUCAAGAGCUCCAGUUAGCUGUGGAGAUAUACUGAGACAGGAGGCACAAGGAGGCCUUCAUCUUUAAAAAAAAAAAAAGAAAAAACUGCUAUAAUUUAUUACAUUAUGAACUCUGUUUUUGACCUAUACACAUUUCCUUCCUCACAUUUUAAUUGGAACCAGUCGAUGCGGCCUGUUGACAGACAGAAGAAAAAGGAAAUGGUCUUCGACAUGUUGACCAAAGCGACUCUGCGAGGGAUGCAAAAUCUCCUUCAAAUAUUCACCAAACAAUAAGACUUAUUGGCCUUAAAGGCACGAAGACACACCGAGAAAUCCUGCGCUUUUUAUUCCACUUAAUCCAAUCCAGAAAUUACGACUAGAGUCAUUUACAAUAACUAUAUUCUUCUCUUUAGACAUAAUAACAAAUGGGUGGCUAAAUUGGCACCUUCAGUCUGAGAUCUUCACAAUGAAAAGAGUCAACAAGUUAAUUCAAAUAAUUGAAUAAAGGAAAAUGAAUUUUGGAAAUUACAUUUUCAGCAUUCAUUCAAGAGAAAAAAAACAAAAUAUGUAUCUAUACUCUUUCCUUGCAGAGGCAAUAGUAGACUACAGCACUUCUUGGGUGUAUAAUUCACUUAUUUAGAUAAACUCCACAAUUUGGAGCUUUGGAGUUUACUACAUCCCUGUCUUAACAUUUAAAAUAAGCCCUAUAUAUGUUAGUUAAUCAGCAGUAUCGGAUCUCAUUAAACGUUAUCAAACGUGAAACUAUAGCCAGAGCAUUUCAAAAGGUUUUAUUGUCCAUGUCACUGUCUUUUUUUUCUUCUUCUAAACACAGGGUUUUUACUUAGAAUAACACUCAGACUGACCUAUGCAACUUCCGCCCUGUCAGUCAAGAAGAGUACUAAAAACACAAGCAUAUUUAAACAUGUAAAUAUUAUCUGACUGCAACUAUCUAUUCUACCCUUUUUUGACUGCAAUAGCCAAAG